AUGGAGGAAGGAAAGAAGCCUGCGACGGCUGCCGAGCGCUUCGCUGCAACCGGUUCGGUCCUGGCCAGAGGAAUGGGAGCCAAGGCAGAGGCGCCCAAGGCCAAGGCGAAGCCGGCCGCGGCCGUGCCGACCACCUCCAAGUACGCCGGCUCCGCGACCAUGACCCAGGCCGCCCCCACCAGCGUGCUGAACAUCGUCAGCGGCAAGCCGGUCGCUGCGGGCGAGGUCGCCAGCAGCGCGCACACCACCAGCUCCGUUGGCCCGGCCAGGGGCUACGCCAAGGCGGCCGGCAGCGUUCUGCCCAGCAGCGCUCCAAAGAUCGGGCCACCUGCCGUGGCCGUUGGGCGCGCCAUGGCUGAGGGACGCCCCGCAGUGUCCAUGACUGGUGGCAAGUUGGCCACCACCAUCAGCAAGAAGUUCCAGAUCGUCUUCGUGACCAGCGAAGUGGCACCGUUCUCGAAGACUGGAGGCCUCGGUGAGGCCAUGGACGGCCUGCCCAUUGCGCUCGCGGCCUUGGGCCACCGCUGCAUGGUCAUCUCUCCUCGCUACGACCAGUACAAGGAGGCCUGGGACACGGGCUGCUGGGGCUCCGUGCCCAUGGGCGGCAAGAACGAGUCCGUGCACUUCUUCCACACCUACAAGCAGAAGGUCGACUACGUCUUCGUCGAUCACCCCACCUUCCUGGAGCGCGUCAACGGACUGACAGGUGCCAAGCUGUACGGCCCGGAGUGGGGUCAGGACUUCGCAGACAACCAGGCUCGCUUUGCCUACUUCUGCAAGGCGCGGAGGGAGAUAAUAAUAGCUUGGCUAGUAGUAGAAUAG